GAUUAUUAUGGGCUGUGGGCGCCGCCGCCGCUGAGGGGGAGCAGCAAGAUGGAGCUGUCUGCAGUGGGGGAGCGCGUCUUCGCCGCCGAGUCCAUCAUCAAGCGCCGUAUCCGAAAGGGGCGCAUCGAGUACCUGGUGAAAUGGAAAGGCUGGGCCAUCAAGUACAGCACCUGGGAACCCGAGGAGAACAUCCUGGACUCCCGCCUCAUCGCCGCCUUCGAGCAGAAGGAACGAGAGCGUGAGCUGUACGGGCCCAAGAAGAGAGGACCUAAACCUAAAACUUUUCUGAUGAAGGCUCGGGCCCAAGCGGAGGCCCUCCACAUUGGGGAUGUACACUUUUCUGUCAAGCCUGGUUCUAGUACCUCCUCUCCCAAGCUCCACUCCAGCGCCGCAGUGCACCGGCUCAAGAAAGACAUCCGGCGAUGCCACCGCAUGUCCCGGCGCCCCCUGCCCCGUCCAGAUCCCCAGAACAGCGGGAGCGUGGGUGGUGGUGCUGGCAUUCGUCCUCCCGUCUCCCCCUUCUCGGAGACCGUCCGCAUCAUCAACCGUAAGGUGAAACCCCGCGAGCCCAAACGCAGCCGCAUCAUCCUCAACCUCAAAGUCAUCGACAAAGGUGGGAAGCCAGCCAACGGAACCGGGGGCCUGGCUCGGCCCAAGAUCCCUUCCCGAAACCGUGUCAUUGGCAAGAGCAAAAAGUUCAGCGAGAGCGUCCUCCGCACCCAGAUCCGCCACAUGAAGUUUGGCACCUUUUCCCUCUACAAUAAGCCGUCUGCUACUCCUACUCCCUCUUUGGAGGGCAAGGGGGAGGCAGAAGGCUCCCAGGCAGCCUCCUGUGGGCUCAUUAUGGGCUCCACCCCCUAUGAUGCUCCCAGCUCCAGCUCCUCUGGCUGCCCAUCACCUGCUCCCCACUCCUCCUCUGACCCAGAUGAUUCCCCUCCUAAGCUGCUCCCCGAGACCCUCAGCCCAGCCAUCCCCGACUGGCGUGAGUCAGAGGUCCUUGACCUCUCAAUCCCACCCGAGUCGGCUGCCAUCAGCAAGCGUUCUCCCUCAGGAGGGUGCAGCGGGGGGCAGACGCCCUCCUUGUCCCUCUCCUCUUCUGACCCAGAGCAGGAGGCCGGCGACUGGCGUCCUGAGAUGUCCCCUUGCUCAAACGUGGUGGUCACGGAUGUCACCAGCAACCUCCUCACCGUAACCAUCAAAGAGUUCUGCAACGCAGAGGAUUUUGAGAAGGUGGCAGCGGGUGGUGGUGGAGGAGGCAGCAAGUGAGCAGCCAGGUCCCCCCACUCCAGGGGCGUGGGGGGAACUCUACCUGCGAGAAGUGGUGGUAUGAAUGGCUGUCCUUAGUUCUCUCCUUCUCCCCUUGGCUGUCCCUGUGCCCUCACUGCCACCCUUCCUCCUCCUUUCCUUCUGCCCACUUUCUCUUGCCUGUAGGCUGGAAGCGUGUCAUUGGGGGUGUGGGAGCACCCCCUGUUCCUGGGUGUUAGUGCCGCUGGGAGGAGGCAGGGAGGGUUGUGGUGGGGCUGGGGAGUGAUUGUUUGUCCUUGAAUGUGGUGUUGUCCAACAGGCAGUGGAGCCUUUGGGACUGAGGGAUGGGUGAGCAUGUGUCUGUGUGCCUGUGCAGGUGAUGAGGAAGGUGCUGCUCUUUCUCAUUACCCUUCCAUCUUUGACAAAAACUGAAGACAAGCUCCAGACCCUUGAGGGAAGGAUGUAAGAGGAUUGGAGCCCUUGCCCACGUCCUCCAAACCUUCUCCCACAAUGUGCAUGCAGUCUCUUCCAUUCCUAUGUUUCCCCCUUGCUAUGAGUACGACCCUGCCAUCCUUUCCCCUCUUGGCCUGUGGCCUGGAUCUGCCCUCUCUUCUACUGUCCUCAUGGCAGUUGCUGAUCCAGAUGCCACCAGAGUAAGGAGAAGAAGGGCAGGUGAAGUGUCAUGCCUGGAAGGUGCUUGAGACAAAGCUGGGGUGAUGGGGGUGCCCCAUGCACCAUAUGCCCCAUACUGGCUUCCCCUUUCCUUUGACUAUUGGUGCUACCUUGGCAGUUGUAUGGGUGCUUUCAGGUGCCCUAGUCCCUCCCUUUCUCCUGCAUCUUCCAACUUGCUCAGCUCUGCAGGAGAAAGGGAAGAAAAGAGGAGUCUGCUUCCGGCCCAGAUCUUCCUCCUGGUGUUCAUCACUUGCACUUGCUCAGGGGAGAGGGCAUGAAAUGCCCUUCCCUGGCCUUUCUGUGGUGGAAGUGGGAGUGGGCUGUGCAUCCACCCUUCAGUCUGGGGGAAGACGACGCCAACAGCAUGAUGCUGCCCCAGCCGGGUGAGGCUGGUCUCCUGCCGUGUGCGUAAGCUUCCCCCGACCCUCUUUGCUUCCUCUUGCUCCCUCCAAAGGAGGGAGGGGUGGAUGCUAAGGCAGGUCAUUUGCUCUUCCUGCUUGCUUUUGCUUCUCCUGCUCUCCCCUCCCUGUGGUGGGUGGCCUGGAAGAGGUUUCCCCUCUUGUCUUUUCAGCAUCUGAAACAGCCCUUACAACUGUCAACCAAAGGUGCUCAUAAGAAAUACCUGUUUCUCUCACACCAUGUGCAUGUGUGCUGGGAUCUCUUCCCCCAAGCUCCUGUGAGCUGAUCUAGAAAUUCCUUCUCUUCAUCCCUAGCAAGUAGGAGGGAGCAAGACCACAGCUUUGUGUUCUUUGCCCGAGCUCCCUUUUUCCCCGACCACCUUCGUUCACAUCCAAAAUAAGCUCUUUUUUGCCUGCCAUUUCUGGCAUGCUCUGUUUCUGUGUGGGUCCUAAGCUUCACGGUGAGAUGCCGUUCCUUUGCUCUCUACUUCCUCUGCUCUCACAGGACUCGGCCUGCAGGGGCAAGGAAAAGAGGUGCUGCUCAAUCGGUGGGAGAACCUCACCCUUUCAGCCCUGUCCCUGGAUGGGGCAGAGGGGUGUCACUUCUACAUAACGUGCUGUAGAGGUGAAAAGGGUGGAAAAAAUUCCCCAUGCCAGGGCCCAUUGCCCUGGGUGGGUAAACACAAGUGGAAUUGGCCCCUCUGGUGCUUUCACACAAGGAUGCUCAGGAGCUGCUGGCUUCGAGGAGUGCUCUCAUGCGGAGUAGCGAUUUUGUGGUUGCAGUGAUCUGAGGGUAGAAGGGAGGCAAUUUGUGGGAGGGAAGUAAUAUUUGUCUGCCCAAGGGACAUCGUCAGAGUGGUAGAGGGAUAGACCGGCUUCUAACCUUAAUUAGGGUUUCUGUGCCCAGAGCUUGUCUAUUCCUUUCCUCCAGUGCCUGGGUUGGUGUAAUAAAAUCUUUGCUGCCCUCCCUACAAACCUUGUCUCAGAGCAGGUGGCAUUUCAGGCUGUGGGUCACCAUGAUUUCACACCAGUUGCGGUUGGGUGUCUGUGCAGAUAGUGCGAGGGGGAUUCCAGGUGCUGUUAGCACCACCCUUUGUACACCUCUUUCUUUUUCUUUCCUUGAUUAAAGAGCUUAGUGGACUCUUUGGGGAUGUGCUUUCAUUCAUAGCUAAAGCUAGGGGCAGGGAGAAAGAAACUUCCCUGAUCCAUUCACCAAGUUAAGGCUUCCUAUAACUUGUUGGACUUGUGUGCUUGUCUGUAUUAAUACCUGCUUGUAUUUUUUGUGGAGGUUGGGUUGUUUGUUUGUUUUUUCCUUUAGUUUGUUUUUUUUUGCAUCUUUCCCGUGCCUGGCACACCCAAGGAUCCCUUAUUUUAGCAUAGCCUAUCCAUUUGACUGCAGCUUCAGAGAUGAGCAGUUUGUAGGCAUAGGGAAAACCUCUUUCUUAGGAAAAUAGCAAGGAGAUUCUUCUCUUUUUCCUCUCCCUUCUGAACAAGAACUAAUCUGUGGCUGCAAGAUAAGAGGAGCUGCUUUGUGGGGUGGAUGCAAACCAGCCAGUCACUUUAGGUUGUUAAGUUACUGUUUGGUGUGUAUGUGGUGAUGUGUUUUGUUUCGUGGUAUCGAGGUUCUGAAAAAAAUAUUGAAGCGUUUAAGUGGGAGAUAAAAGGGAACUUUAAUAGGAAACUCUUGAUGUGUUUUGGCCAAGAUGUGUUGCUUGGCAGAAUUCUUUUCCCCAGUGUCUCUUGUAUGGUGUUCUUUGGGGGCAAGGGGCAGGAAUUGUUUAAUUGAAGGGGUUUUGCCUUUCUCCAGAGUGACAAGCAAGGGAACUGUCUGUGAAGAGCAAAACAGUGGGUCAUUGUAGGGAUGCUCCGCAAGGACUUUCUUUGUGCAGUGAGGAAAUGAGAGGACUUGUUGCAGCAGAGAACUCGUGCAGUAGAUCCUCUGUGGAGGAAGAAGGGAGCAUGAUCCGGCUUGCAGACACAGCUCACCUGCUUGUGUGACAAAUCCCUCCCUGGGUGGGUCACCAGGUGGGAACCAAACCCUGAACCUCUGGAUCCGAAAUGAGGAUCCGGUGCUGUUUUAAGUUAGAGGUUUGCUAACUUGAAUGCAGCAGCAGCCUCAAGUUCCUUCAGGUGGACAAGACGCUUGAGGCUGACUAACCUACCUUCGUAUUCACGUGGGUGAUGCUCCUCCUUCUGAGUUUUUGCCCAUGCUCCUUAUAGGGGAGAUGGGAAAGAAGAUUCAUCUAUGCCUUUUAAAAAGGGCAUGGAAUUGAGGGAGGAGUUUAUUUGAAAGUAUCCCCUUCCCUUUCCGAUAACCCCUAGGAAAAAAACCCAACAAAAACAGGGAAAUAUUCUCUGUGUCUGUGCCAUGUUUGUUCUCGUUGUCGUGUUUUUAGAGGAGAUUUUAUGAUGGAGUGGAAAAAGUGAAAUGAUUAGUUUUGCAUAAAAAAAGAAAAGUUUUAAAAAAAAUUUCUACAGGGAGAGAGCGAGAGAGAGUUUAAAAAUGAAUAAUAAAUGCAGUGAUUGCACAAACUGUAGUGGUAUUAGAUGGUCCUUAGAGAAAAGAGUAUUUUGUAGUAUCGAAGCAUGUAUGUCUGGGAUGGUGUUUGGCUUGCUUGAACUGGAGGGAAAGGCAUUCUAGGACUAAGCAGCAAUCUCCGAGCUGAAAAGGCAAGUUGCAUGUUGGAGGAACCCUGUCUACAAACCUUUCCCGUCCUUGCCUCCCAAGUGUUGGAGUGAGUUCCCUUCCCUCCCAUACCUCUCCUGUGAGCUAAGGUGGAGUCUCCAAGUGGUUUUCUGGCCGAGCGGCCCUCAGAAAUGGCCGGUCACGUUCUGCCAGAACGUGGAUCAUGCCAUCAACAUGGAAACAGUUGACUUACUUUGCAUGCACAGCAAGCUGCUGAGAUUUGGGGUUGGCAUGUACUUUUCCUGCCAAGUUGCUGUCUCUUCUCUUUUCCGUCCCCUAUAUCCAAGCAGAAUUAAUCACGGUGUGCUUAUUUCCUGGGAAGCAGAUAUGCCUCCCCUCUGUAGGGUCUCUUAGCUUCUUCCAGCAUCAGGUGGGGAGUGGCAUUUUUCUGUAUAGGAUUCACCACAUCAGGGCAGAGAGCGGAGUCCCAUUGGUAUGUAGUCCAGUGUCUCUUCUCCAACAGUGGCUGGAUCUUUAGAGGUAGAUGAGAGAGCUGCCUUGUGUGCUCUGAAGGUGUUGCUGAGUGAGGUGAACCCUCUUCUUGAGGCCAACAAAUGCUGGAAGUCUUUGGUAUGGGAACGGGAGUUGAACACCCUGAUAGGACUCUGCUCAAGUAGGGCAGCCUUCUGCUUCAGCUUCCUGCAGGGCGGUGGGACAGAGUAGCCGAAACGCUCCUUCAGAGCGAGAGGGAACUCUUGUGUGCUGGCUUCCUCAUCCAGGAUUUCUGCUGGGUGUUCAUCUGCUGUGUGGGAGUGCCUGGAGGAAGAGAGAAGCUACCAGAUGUUGGUGUCUGAACAGAAGAUGGCAGGCAGGGACACUUGGACAGCUUUUCUUCUCUGGACUUCUCUGGUGCCCUUGGCUUUGCAGUGGCGGGUGACAGAUGUCUUGAUGCCUCCCAUAGCCUGGGCUGCUCCUGAGAACUUCUCCUCUCUUUGCCUAUUGAGCUCUGUCAGUGCUUCCCACAGCUUUUUACUUGGAGCAGCAGCCUCCUGUCUCGUGCCCUCUUCUCACUGAGCAGAGUGGGACUGGGGAGGCACGAAGCUAAUGAGAUACAAGCUCCUUUCGGGAUGGAAAAUAGAAAUAGUGUGGUGAGCAGGCCCAGCUGUGGUGAGCCACUGCUUAAUUUCUGUUUUCAAAAGAGAAAGGGAGCAUUUCUCUGGGUCUCCUCUUACUGAAGUUCCCAGGGAGAUUUUACAAAAUAAUAAUUUAAAAAAUAAUAAUAAAAAAAAAAAAAAAGAACCACAAUCAUGCUUUUUACCAGAUAGGAGCUGUCUCUGAGCUGAGUCUUCCUAGGGAUUUCACUCCCUUCUCCAGCCCCUCUUUGUAGAGGAGGCUUUGGCAGCUCCCAGCGUUUGGAGAUGAUCACCUUCCUGGGGACCUCCUGGCAGAAAGAGGUUGCCAUGCUGAAGGAUGGUGUCUUGAGUCCCCCACACUUGCCCAUUCCAGGUCAUGGCAUUAGUGGGGCUGCUCAGGAGCCAGGUCCUUCUUCCCAGGGGGGUGUAACAAACCUGGAGUGCGUGUUUGGCUAAGUGCUUAUUUUUCCCUUUGCCUCCUUCCCCACCUUCUGACAAGACUUUUUCCUCCUUGCCUGGCGCAUCCUUUUACUCCAAUGUCGCUUGCUUUUGCUGCAUUUUUCAAUUACCCAAUAAUCACGCAAGAGCUGGGAUCUUAUUUACUUUUUAUAUAUAAAUAUAUGAAUAUAAAAGAAACCUCCCUCUCCCCUCUUUCUCCCCAUCUCACCACGCCCACCCCGCGCGCAGCGUUCCUAAUCUCCGCUCUGAAGGUGGUCUGCUGUAGAGGGUUAGUUUGGGGUCAGGGAUUUGGUGUCUCCUGGGUUCUGUUCUUUCUUGGCUUGCCAUGGCCCUUCUCUCAGCUGUGUCACUGCCCUGUUCCUCUGUCUCCCUCAUGGGAAGGGGACAGGAGCAGAAGGGACCAUCCUGCUGAGGGUGCUGGCAGCGCAACUCUCGAGGCAUUUGCACAGAAGACCGAGUGUUGAGCAUUGCUUCAGAAAUCCCCCACUCCUUGUCCGUGCUUCCUUCCCCAGGUAACUCUAGGAAGUAUCUUCAUGUCACCAAUGCUUUGGGGUUGAGCAAAUAAGUGACUUUAUUUUCUUUUUUACUUAUAUUUUUGAUGUCCUUCUCCAGAGUGCAAUGUGUAUGAUUUCUUUUUGGGGGUGUAGAUGGGAGGAGAUGUUGGAGUCUGUCUCCGUCCUCACCUUGGCCUUUCCGUCCUCUGCUCCUUUCCCAUUUCAGCAUUGCCCUCUGUCAGACUGAUGUGCUCAGAGACAUUUGCACCCUUGUCUGUGCACUGUCAGCCUUGGCUCCAGAAGCUUUGUGUGUGUUCUGCGUGGUGCAUCUGAGAUGCCCUGUGUUCCACCUGCCUCACCUGUAAGGAUGUGGCAGGGCCCUGAGUUCUUCUUUCUUCCUUUCUCUAAAUUUCUCCUUCCAGAAAUGAAGGGAGAUAUAGUCAGUUCCCCUUCCUGGAGUGGUGGGCUGCCUCUGGAAGCUCUUCUGUCCCUUCCACCUUUUCUGUUGUGGGAAAUUAUGUUUCUGGGACCAUCCAAAAGCACAGUCCUUGGGGUGAGAGUCCUUCCACCCAGGUAAGUGCUGUGCUUUGAGCUGGCUCCCUUCAGGCACUGGUAGAUGGCACUGUGAUAGAGGAGUGGAGAUGCCCUCUGCACUCCUGGGCUGAGCAGAACUGGGAAGGGGAUAGCAAGCACCAUGCCGUGGCACAGGGAAAAGUCAGGUGACAGAAGAGCAGCAAGAUGUGCAGUCAGGGUGAUGCCACCUUCAGCAGUGGCUCAGAAAAUGUAUCUGGUGGGAGGGAAAGAGCAUGGUUUGGACAUGCAGACAAAGUGUUAAUUCCCAUUGCAGGGCCUUGGUUCUUUAUUCCUUGCUCAGCCGAGUAUUUAGAGCUCACACUAAACCUCUGGAAUGCAGUUGGGUGGGUCGAAACACUUGGUAGGACUAGUGGGGCCCAUUUGUGCUCCUGAGCAGCCCCCCAGGUGCUCUUCAGGUUGGUUGCUCUUCAGCUGUCUAGAAGGAGCCUGCUGCUUCUGGCCCCCAGCUGCAAAGGGGGAUGGAGUCUUAGGUCAAGUUCUCAAAUGGAACAAAAAAAUUAAUCGUUGUGAUUACUUUUUUUAGAAAAGAGUUGUCAUGCCUGUGCCUCCCCCAAGCAAAUCAACUUGGUGUGCUGUCCUCCCUCUUAUUCUCUCCUCUGCCAUUAAGCCUUUUAUGCUCCCAAAGAAUAGAGGAGACUCUCUAUUUUGGGAUUUUUUUUUUCCCCGUUUGUUUUCUUUUUGCAUAGAAAGUUGUCUGCCGGUGGUGGAGGACAGGGGCCUGCCUCAUCUGUUCCUUCCUUUCACCUUCCCCUGUGCCAAGCUUAGGCUCAAAUCCUGCAGUUUCCUGUAAACACUGAACUUGGAGUAGGCGAGUGACCCCACUGAGCUCUGUGGUACUUGGGUGCUUCAGAUUCUGCCUGUGCUUGAGCUUUGGCAGCAUCAGAGCCCUAUCCUUUCUCUUGGAGAAGGUCAGCCCUGACUCCUAAGAGUGCUGAUAGUUCUGGUGCAACCCAUUUGUCUCUUCAUUUCCCCUCACUUGGCCUACAGAGUGAAGGUGGUGAUUUUUUUUUUUUUUAAUUUAAGAUAAACCUAAAUAUGUAUCUUGUAUUUUUUUUUUAUUUUGAAAAAAAUGCAUUUAAGGAUUGUGCACGGAUGAAUUGUAUAUCUAUAUAUUAUUUUUUUUGUCUUGCAAUUUUCAUUUUAAAUAUAGUGUUUGUUUGGUUUUGUUCUGUUUUGUUUUUUAAUCCAGUUCCCAGCUGGCUAAACUCUGUCUAGAGCGGAUGGGUGGGAGGCAUAGCCAUUGGAGGGGUGAUUGAAUCACCCCUUCCCUUGGUGCUUCCCACAAGAAAAUGGUUUGCUCCAGGUUUGGGGGUGGGGGUUGUGCUAAUUACUCUUGUAUUCUUGUACAUUUUGUUCUUUCUGCUGCUCUUGAAUAUUGUAUCAAUGCCAGAAAUGGGGAGUUAAAAAUUAAAACAAAAAAUUAACCCCAAUAAAUUGUUACAUUCCAAA